AUGGCUCCUACGGAACUCACCCCAGAGCUAUCCCAGCUCUUCCAAAACAUCGAAACCCGCUUCAAAGAUACCCAGCUAGGCGACCAGCGCUGGUAUCUCCUCGUCAUCGCCUGCCUCUCCGCCAGUCCCGACCCCGAAGCAGCAGCAGCUCUCUACCAAUACCUCACUCGUCAAGAAGCCUACCAAACCAGCGAGUCACGCCAAACUCUCAUACGACGCCUCCGCGAAGCCCUCGUCAAGACCAUCAUCCUCGUCGGCGUGUGCAAACCCCUUGAAGCAAUCCUGUCAAUCAUGCAGGUCGAAAAGCCUGAGGACCGAGACUUUAGCCAAACGCGCGACGGAUGGCAGGCCGACCAAGCAAACCACGACCGCGGAAUCGAUUGGUUCAAGAAAGUGUACACUCGAAACGCGGGGGAUACGAUGGGAUUGUUUGACGCGCACAAGGAUUUCGCAUGGGUCUCGGCGGAGAUCACGUAUGGGCUGUUUUUAUCGGAUCGGCAGGUUCUGGAUGACACGGACACGCAGCUUGUGGUGCUGCCGGCGAUCAUGAGCCAGAAUCUCCCGCUGGAGACGCAUUGGCAUAUUCGGGGAACACGACGAAUUGGGGUGUCGAAGGAGGAUGUUCAGAUCAUCUGGGAUAGUGUCAAGGAGGUGUCAAAGUUCUUUGGAGCCGAAUUGCACAAAGUGCCAACGGUGGAUGAGGUUGAGCCUGAUGUCUAG